UUUACUUCUCCUCCAAGUUUGAAAGGACAGAUUUAGUUGAACGUUCUCACGUGAUGAGGUGGCUCUUUAGUACACUUUCAUUCAUUAAUAAUCUAUAAAUAUACUUUGAAUGUUGAUACCGACCUACACACACUCUAAGUUUUCGUCAAACUUUUUGAGAUCAACAUGAGUUUUGUAGCUAGAGAUUUGGUAUUAUUAUGGGCAAUGUUUCUGCUGUUGUUAUGUAUACAAUGCUCAGGUUCUUCUAUGAAGACUGAAGCUAAGAUAAAAUCAGCUGUAUUUUUGUCCCCGAAAUUUGAGCUAGGACCUGGAUCAGUUGUCAAUGGAUAUUAUUAUGAUAUUGGUUUUCCAAGAGGUCAUGUAGCACUCAAGAGUUUCAAUGCUGAAGUAGUUGACGAAUCAGGGAAUCCUGUACCUCUCCAUGAAACUUAUCUCCAUCAUUGGCUUGUUGUAAGAUAUCAUCAAAGUAAACAUGCAACACAAAACUCUGAUAAUGUGCUUAUAAGGAACAGUGGCAUAUGUCAAGGAAAUACUCUUGGACAAUACUUUGGCCUUGGAUCCGAAACACGUGGAACGGCGACCGAUAUUCCGGAUCCUUUCGGUAUAGAGAUAGGCAAUCCUGAAGAGAUUCCAGAAGGGUUUCACGAAAAAUGGUUGCUUAAUGUUCAUGCCAUCGAUACGCGAGGCACAAAGGAUAAAUUAGGGUGCACUGAGUGUAAGUGUGAGCUUUAUAAUGUUACAGUGGAUGAAUAUGGAAGGUCUAUUAGGCCAGAUUAUAAAGGAGGUUUGUUAUGUUGUUAUGAUUCUAAACAGUGCAAGUUGAAGGAAGGUUUUGAGGGUCCAAAGAGAAGCCUCUACUUAAGAUACACUGUUAAAUGGGUUGAUUGGGAUGAUUUUAUAGUGCCUGUUAAGAUAUAUAUACUUGAUGUUACUGAUACUUUGAAACUAUCAGAUAAUUCAAAAGGAAUGAACUCAGAUCAUGACUGCAAGAAUGAGUAUCAAGUUGAAUCUUGCAGCACAGACCAUAAGGAGGGAAAUUCCUGUGUUCAUGUGAAGAGGACAAGUCUCCCAUUUCAAACUGGUGGCUAUAUGAUCUAUGGUGCUGCUCAUCAACAUUCAGGCGGAAUUGGAUCAACUCUAUAUGGACAGGAUGGAAGGGUUAUAUGUUCCUCUAUACCAAGUUAUGGAAAUGGAAGCGAAGCAGGAAAUGAAGCGGGAUACAUUGUAGGAAUGUCCACUUGUUAUCCUAAACCAGGUUCUGUCAAGAUUAUUGAUGGUGAAACUUUAACUCUAGAGUCUAACUACAACAGCACCAAGGAGCACACCGGAGUAAUGGGACUUUUCUACCUAUUGGUGGCAGAACAGCUCCCAUACCAACACUUCAGACAUUCUACUCGUUCUUCAUUUUUUAUGGAUAUAAAUAAUAUACUUUUAGAUAAUUAGUUACAUAUAUGAUAAUAUAAGUGGAGUUUCAUGGAUGGUGUCAAAGUAAUAUAUGAUUGAUCAAAGAAGAAUAAGUUUGACAAGUGUAACUGAUCAAUUACACUUCUAUCUGUAUUCUGCUAGCUAUAGGAGAAAGACAAGCUUGAUGCCAUUUUUGUGAUAUAUAGUUUGUAUUUUGUACUUAUUCCACUCUUUUUUGUAUCGUAUGGCUAUGCAAUAAGUUUGUUCUACUAUGUAGUUGCUUCAUUGUAAUCGUAAUGUAAAUCGCACUUUGUUUGAUA